CAAUGCAGCCCAUUCAGCGUUUUAACAACAUAAGAUACGCGGAUCCUUCUCGGGUUUAAGUUCGGGUUAUUUCGCAGAAGCUUUUAUAUUUUUAUUUUCGGUUCCGUUCAGCUUCGGCCAUUUCAAUCUGUUUUUUAUUUUUCCUUUUUCCCCCUGCCGCCGGAACAAUCGCCGUAGCCCUGAAAUUGGACCCCAAGCCUUCACAUCAGGGUCAUCCCGACGUCGUUUUCUAUGCUAAAUUUUCUACGAACUUCUGAGAUCAGUAUUGGUGAUCUAGACGGUGAUUUGGAGUCGCGAAUUGUUGUCCCACGGUGAGGCUCAGCUGAAGCUAAAUUGGAAAUCGUUGCGAAUUUGAAACCCUCUUUAGCUCACUUUAGGUUUUGCUAAAGAAUCUCUACUUUGUCCUAAAGGUCAGAACUUUGUUUCCAAGAUUGCGUUCCUUUUUUUAUUCGAAAGGAAAAAGGAAAAAAGAUUGCUUUUGUGAAGUUCUCUGUGAUUUUGUUACUUGUAGUCCAUAAUUGUGAUCGAUAUCUUCCUAGUUUCACAUGCCUUGGCAAUGAGCAAGUUAAUGUAGCUGCGGAAACAUCAUCUUAUUUGGGAAUUGAAUCAACGGCGUAUUAGGAACUGGAUUUUUUUUUUUCUUCCUGGGUAUAUUUUCUUUAGCUUUUGAUGCGAUUCUGAAAUGCUAGAGGGCGUAAACUCCUCCCGACUCCUCCACCUCUUGGCUAGUCAUUCUAUAUUUAAAAAAUUUGUGAAUUGUUUGUCGCCCCCAUAUUAGAGGUCUCCUAGAAAGUGUGAUCCUGGUGUUAAUCUCUUUUUGGUCGUGACUGUUCUCUAAGAACUUUUCAUUUGACUAUGUGUUGAUAAUUUGGAGUUCCUUUCUAUUGCCAUUUUAUUCUAAUUAGAUGUGAAAAUGUGAGAAAGGACGUUUUGGAUUUUUAUUAUAGACAUGCCUAUUUGUAUCAGGAAAACGACUUCUAGAUAUUUCUUUAGUGCUUUUGACAUUUUAAUUUGGAUCUGUGGAUUAUCUGUAUACCUGUUAUUUGGUUGCCUUAGCCGACUAAAGGUGAGAAUAAUUAGAAACUGUAAACAAGACCUCUCUCAACUGCAGAUUGGAAAUUAUUAACAAAAUGAAGCUAGAAAAAUGGGGAUGAGUUGUCAGUGAAAGGUUUUGUUCUCGGUGAUCAUCUGAGGACAUUCGCAACAUUUCAUCUACUUGAAACAGUUGUCCAAACGCAUAUUUUUAAUUCGAAAAGAUUGUCAAACUUCUAUGAAAAUGUCUAAAGAAGCAUUUCAAAGAUGUUAUUUUGGUUGUUAUCUAAAUGGUGGUUCAUUUCUUUCUCUCUUUAAUUCAUUAGUGCGGCUUGAAGAGGAACAGAAGAUGGAGAAAUCAGGGAACUCCAAGUUGAAUGUGGCUAUCAUCCACCCUGAUCUUGGCAUUGGUAAAUAUGCCUAUAUUGCCUUCAUUAUAUUGCUUAAUUUUUAUUUACCACUUUGGGGUUGACUACCUAGGAUAUGUUGAACUGUGCUUUUUGGGUGGCAUGGGACAAAUUUUGACCCCAUUGCUCAUAUGAGUUCACCAUUGUUUAUCUGAUGGGAUAAGAAGAAGCCACAUGCUUUCCAUUUGAGUCUGAUUGAACGUUUGAAACUUUAGCAAGGUUGAGGACAAAAUCUUGAGUAUUUAGGUGCAGCUAGAUUUUGUAUCAUCAUCCUUAUUACUCUUAUUUAUGUGGAUAUAUCUUGGUUGGAUAAAAAGAGUUUCGUUGUUAUUUAUGGUAAGUUAAGAGGGGGAAAUUUUGCGAACAAAUAUAAACAGAGAUUUCCUAAUUGACUAUUUGACUUGAAACCUUGCUAGAGUUGAUUUUUUUGUGGAUCUUAUGACCUCGACUUGAUUCUGAUAGAGUGUCUGUCGGCUGAGUGAUAUUCCAGGUGAUGAAUUCAUGACAGCUAAUGAAUGUUGUAUUAUGCAACUUAAUUCGGCCCUGCGAUCACAGCUGUUGGUAUAUGAUGCCAGAUGUCAUUCUUAACCUCAGGGUUGUUCAGAAAUCUAUGAAAUUUUGUUUGUUUGAGAUUUCAGGACUCCUCAGUAUUGAAAUUUCAACUUGGCAGAUGGAAUUUUCUAAUAGUGAUCUUACCUCUAGUGGCUUAAUGGAAUUUAAUUUCUUGACAGACUAAUAAAAAUGCUACUUAGAAAAUACAACUUAUCAACAAUUAACCUUUGUUUGAUGAAAUGGCAGGAGUUCAUAACUUCAUCUACCUAUUUAACAUUAAGGAUCUUUCCUUUAUCCCCUUAUGAUCUGCUAUAAUUAUCAUUGCUUUGGUUUUGAAGGUGGAGCGGAAAGAUUAAUUGUUGAUGCGGCUGUUGAGCUUGCUUCUCUUGGGCAUAAUGUCCAUGUUUUCACAUCUCAUCAUGACAAAACGCGCUGCUUUGAGGAAACUGUGUCUGGAAUCUUCCCUGUUACUGUAUAUGGUUCUUUUCUUCCUCGGCAUAUUUUCUAUCGCCUCCAUGCGGUGUGUGCAUAUCUCCGUUGUAUAUUUGUUGCCAUUUGCGUGUUGCUUCUAUGGCGUUCGUUCGAUGUGAUACUCGUAGACCAGGUGUCUGCUGUUAUUCCAGUGAUUAAAUUGAAGAAAUCGACUAAGGUUGUAUUUUACUGUCAUUUUCCAGAUCUCCUGCUAGCCCAGCAUACUACUGUUCUUAGGAGGCUUUAUCGAAUGCCUAUAGACUUGAUAGAACAAAUGACAACAGGUAUGGCAGAUCUAAUACUUGUGAAUAGCAAAUUUACUGCAUCCACAUUUGCGAGGACAUUCAAGAAUCUUGAUGCACGUGGGAUUAAACCAGCUGUGCUUUACCCGGCAGUCAAUUUGGAUCAGUUCAAGGAACCUAAUGCUAUUAAGUUGAAUUUCCUAUCAAUUAAUCGCUUUGAAAGGAAAAAGAACAUAGAAUUAGCAAUAUCUGCAUUUGCUAUGCUUCACACACUUGAGCAAGAUGUUCUUCAGGGUGCUGUCCUGGCAGAUGCUUCGCUGACUAUCGCAGGUGGAUACGAUAAACGCCUUAGAGAGAAUGUUGAUUACUUGGAAGAAUUGAAAAGUUUAGCAGCAGAGAAAGGCGUGUCUCAUCGAGUCAAGUUCAUCACAUCUUGUUCUACAUCAGAAAGAAAUGCACUUCUCUCGGAGUGCUUGUGCAUUCUUUAUACACCGAUGGAUGAACAUUUUGGGAUUGUUCCUCUGGAAGCAAUGGCGUCCUGUAAGCCUGUUAUUGCCUGCAACAGUGGAGGACCUGUUGAGACAGUCAAGAAUGGGGUAACUGGAUUCCUAUGUGAUCCCAGCCCACAAGAUUUCUCUUUGGCAAUGGCGAAGCUCAUCCGUGACCCAGAAAUGGCAGAGAGAAUGGGCAGAGAAGCACGGCAGCAUGUCGCUGAGUCAUUCUCGACAAAGAUAUUUGGGCAGAAGCUGCACCGGUAUCUUGUCGACGUAGUAAAAGGAAAGGAAGAAUAAAUUCAUUUUCUGAACAUGGGCCAAAAUUUGGAUUCACAUAACUCCAUUUUCUCCGUGACUUUGAUGGAACUUGAGCAAGAUUUUGGGCUUUUUCAUGUGGAGGGGAAUAUCAGCAUAGCACAUAUCAUGGACGUGGAUUUAUGGCUGGGUUCCUUGACCGCUAAUUUAACCUUAGUAAGUUUAGACAUUCAUCAUCAGAAACACAAAUAAAACGUCAAUGAAUACAUGAGAAGAGGAUUACAAAUACUGCCACAUUUCCCUAAUUAGCAGAAGUUGCCGAUGACGAUCCAUAUGACAACCGCAUUAUCAUGUCUUAUAUAACCUUGUAACUGUACUGACGGCGGGUUGAUGAUGAUGCCGGAAGAUGAUGCCGGUGUGUAGUCAUAUAUAUAUAUGGAGCCAAAAGAGAUAGUGAAUUAAUUAUAUACACUUAUCAGAACAUAACGAUGUUUAUCAGUAAUCAGAAAUGAAAUUCAAUACUUGGACAACACACUUAUUAC